AUGAAUAAAAAUAGCAAAACCACAAAAAAGAGCAGUAAACAUAGAUCCAAAGUUCAUCCUUUCAACAGGCCAAAAAGGAAUCAUGCCAAUAUCAAUAUAAAUAAUAAUGGGAAAAAGAUAGUUAAAUUCAUAGAGAAUAAUUCAGAUGCUGAUGAUGAAAAUGAUGACUAUGAGUUUGUUCAUCACCAGAACACUAAAACAGAAUUAAAAGAGAAAGCUAACAAGCUAUUAAGCAUUAGAAAGACUUUACCGGUUUAUCAAAACAAAAAUGAAAUAAUGAAAUACUUGACUGAAAAUCAAGUCACUGUUUUGAUAGGUGAGACUGGUUCAGGUAAAUCUACACAAAUUCCUCAAUUUCUGUUGAAUUUUUUUCAGGAAAACAAAAUCAGAGGUUCUAUUGCUGUGACACAACCACGUAGAGUAGCUGCAAUUAAUUUAGCAACUCGUGUAGCUAGUGAAUAUGGUUGUAAUAUUGGAUCAUAUGUUGGUUAUUCUGUUAGAUUUGAUAACACCACAAGCUCAACUACAAAGUUGAAGUAUCUAACUGAUGGUAUGUUAUUAAGAGAGUUGAUGAUGAAUCCAACAUUAAAAGAAUAUAAUACAAUAAUUAUAGAUGAAGCACAUGAACGAACUGUCUUAACUGAUAUAAUUUUAGGGUUUUUGAAAUCGUUAAUACAUAAGUCAAGGCCUGACCUUAAAAUCAUUGUGAUGUCUGCCACUUUACAAGCAGAAAAAUUCAGUCAAUUUUUUGAUAAUGCCCCAAUAUUGUUUGUUGAAGGGAGGAAAUUUAACGUUACACAAUAUUAUCUGAAGGCACCAAGUGAUGACAUUGUAGAUAGUGUUAUUAGAUCAUGUGUUCAAAUUAAUCAGGGAGAACAAAUGGGUGACAUUUUAUGUUUCUUACCAGGCCAAGAAGAGAUUGAUAAAGCUGUAACCAUAUUAAAUAAGAUCAGUGAGAUCAUCCAUAAGGAGACUUCAGUCCCACUAAUGAUAGCAUAUCCAUUAUAUGCAGCAUUACCACCAGCAAAACAAGCUUUAGUUUUUAACCGAGUUAAAGGGUUUAAAAGAAAAGUUAUAUUUAGUACCAAUAUUGCAGAAACAUCUGUUACAAUAUCUGGUGUUAAAUUUGUUGUGGAUUCUGGACUGCGAAAAGUUAAAGUUUGGAGACAUCAAUUAGGCUUAGCUACUUUACUUACAGUUCCUAUCUCAAAGGCAAGUGCUAUGCAAAGGUGUGGUCGUGCUGGUAGAGAAAGUGAGGGGAAAUGUUAUAGAUUAUAUAGAACCAAUGAUUAUAAAAAGUUGCCUGAUCAAACAGAACCAGAAAUUGCAAGAAGUAAUGUGACUUCUCCAGUAUUAAUGUUAAAGAAAUAUGGUGUUCAAGAUAUUAUUAAUUGGACCUGGUUUGAGAAUCCAGGUAAAGAAGCGAUUAUUAUGGGUUUACAAGAAUUGUACCAGUUAGGGGCAUUAGAUGAUUUUGGUAAAAUAACUAAAAGAGGGGAACAAAUGUCAUUAUUACCAAUUCAACCACAUUUGAGUAGUGUGCUAAUUAAAGCUAGCGAAUGCAACUGUUUAUCUGAGGUGAUCGAUAUAGUUUCGUGUUUGAGUGUUGAAAACUUACUAUUGAAUCCACAACCUGAGGAGAGGGAUGAGGUUAACGAAAGAAGAUUGUCACUUUGUAAUAGUGGUAGACAUUAUGGUGAUUUAAUAAUGUUAAAGGAAUUAUUUGAUAUUUAUUUUUAUGAUUUAGGAAAAGAUGUGGCAUCAAGUGUGGAAAGACAAGAUUGGUGUAAGGAAUUAUGCAUAUCAUACCGUGGUUUUAAAAAUGUAGUGAAAAUUCGUGAACAAUUAAGAACAUACUGCAAAUGGUUAUUCGAUAGUAAUUCAAAGACCUUUUCAAAGAAGAUAAAAAAAAAUAGUAUUAAUACCAACAUAGGAGAAGAUAAAGAAGACGAUUUUUAUAGCACACCUUUUUUGAAUAAGAAAUUCAGUGAGGAUAAAGAUAAAAUUGAAUCUAUACUAAAGUGUUUCUUAACUGGAUUUACAAAAAAUAUAGCCAUUGGUAUGCCUGAUAGAUCUUAUAGAACAGUUACCACUGGUGAAACAGUAAGUGUGCAUCCUUCAUCUUUACUGUUUUUAAAUAAAGCGUGCCCAGCUAUUAUGUACACGGAAUAUGUGUUUACUACGAAAGGUUAUGCCAGAAAUGUCAGUAGAAUUGAACUUUCGUGGUUACAGGAAAUUGUGACAAAUGGACAUGCAGUUGUAAAAGAAAAAGUUGCAAGUUAA